AUGAAAUAUAGUAAUAUUCAAUUUAUAGAGCUUAGUCCAAAUUCUCCAUUAGUCAUUAAUAAGAGAAACAUAACAUUUGACUGUGAGAAUGUAUUUUUACCUGUUGGAAGUGAAACAAAAGAUAUAAUAUGUGUUGGCAAUAAUGGGAAAAACGAAAUAAAAGUUCAAUUUACAUCUAAAGAACAGAAUGAUAAAUUCCUUCUAAGAGUUCAACCACCAUUGGUUGCGCUUGAAGGAGGGUAUGCGUGUGAGUUUGAAAUUUUUAUUCAGCCAUUGUGCACAUGUAAAAUAGAAGAGAAAUUGUCAGUUAUUGGAUUUGAUAUGAAAGAAGGAAAGGAGAUAAUGGAAACAGUCACAGUCAAAACUGAAACAGAGAUAACAACUAAGAUUGAUCCAGAUGAAUUAGUUCAAGAAAAGAAAAUAGGAGAAGGAACAUUUGGAAUUGUUUAUCUUGGAAUUUUUAGAGGAAAUAAAGUUGCUAUUAAAAGAAUGAAAGAUAUACAAGAUGAUGAAGAUGCAUUAACAGAAUUUGAGAAAGAGAUACUUAUGUUAGAUAAAUUUAGAUGUGAUUAUAUUAUUCACUUUUAUGGAGCAGUAUUUAUUCCUAAUAAAAUAUGUAUGGUAACUGAAUAUGCAGAAUAUGGAUCAUUACAAGAUAUGAUGAAAAAAGAAAAAAAUAUACAAAUACGUUUAUUUAUGAAAAUCAAAAUAUUGAUUGAUGCUGCAAAAGGAAUUUCAUAUCUUCAUUCAAAUGGAAUAUUACAUCGAGAUAUUAAACCCGAUAAUAUUUUAGUAUUAUCAAUUGAUGAAUUCUCAAAAGUAAAUGGAAAAUUAACAGACUUUGGGUCAUCAAGAAAUAUUAAUAUGAUGAUGACGAAUAUGACAUUCACAAAAGGGAUAGGAACACCAACUUAUAUGGCUCCUGAAAUUUUACAACAACAAAAAUAUAAAAAAGCAGCAGACAUUUAUUCAUUUGGUAUUACCAUGUACGAAACAUUCCACUGGGGUGAAUGUUAUCCAAAAUUGUUAUUCAAAUUCCCAUGGGCUAUUGCUGAUUUUAUUAAUAAAGGACAAAGAAGAGAAAGACCAGACAAUAUUUCAGAACCAAUCUAUAACCUAAUCACACUUUGUUGGGCACAAGAACCUAAAGAAAGACUCCCUAUUGAUUCAAUAAUAGAAAAGUUAGAAUCAUUCUUACAAAGUUGUUAA